AAAAAAAACUUCCUUUUAUAAAGAGAGCUUUGGUUUCCAUGACACAAAAAGAAAAAACAGUAAAAACACUUUUUUUAAAUUUUCAUUUGCAACUUUCCUCCAUUACCAUGUUGUUCUUCCAUCUCUCUCCUCUUCUCUCUCUUCUUUCUAGAGAGAGAAACACCAUUUUCCACAACAAUUACUAUGAAAGUCUCACUCAUUGCUCAAAAUUCUAGUACCAAAAACCAACAACAACAACAACAACAUUAAUGGACAAUAACACCAACCCAUCAUCUCAUCCCCACCACCACCACCACUCUCUCUCUCUUCGCCGUUUGCAGAGAACCUCUCUCUUGGCUCUUCUCUCUCUUCUUCUCCUCCUCCUCUUAGUCUACAAUGGCGCCGCCAUAUUCUGUUUACAACUCCCUUUUCCCGCCAAAACUCCGCCGGAAACCGCCAGCUUCACGCCUGAAAAAGUCGCCGGAGAAACCAAAAAAUGGCAUUCUUCUCCGACCAAGCUAUCUUCCACUGUUCUGUUCUCACUCAAGGAAGAAAACACACCUUCUAUUCCCAAAACCCAUUUCCAUUUCCUUAAAAAAUCACAGAAUUCGGUUCUUCCCACGAACAAUUCGAUCAUUUUCGCGCGAAAAAGAAGGCGAAAACACAGAACCCAGUUCGGAAUUCUGCGUUCGGAGGCUCGGAAAGACGGGUUUUCGAAGAGAGUGAAAGAGUUUUUCAAUUCAAGUUCUUGUGAGGUUCGGUUUUUCAUGACUUGGAUUUCAUCGAUUGAUUCAUUUGGGGAGAGAGAAUUGUUCUCAAUAGAGAGUGUGUUCAAAUCCCAUCCAAAUGGGUGCUUGAUAAUUGUAUCGAAUUCGAUGGAUUCAACAAGAGGAACUCGAAUUCUAAGGCCUUUUUUAGAUAAAGGGUUCCAUCUGAUUUCAAUUUCGCCUGAUUUCGAUUACUUGUUUAAGAACACUUUGGCUGAAACUUGGUUUGAUCAAUUAAAAAAAGGCAACGUUGAUCCUGGAGAGGUUUCAUUAGGUCAAAAUCUCUCAAACUUGAUCAGACUCGCUCUGUUAUACAAAUUCGGAGGCGUUUACAUCGACACUGACGUGAUAAUUCUCAAGAGUUUCGCAAAACUGAGAAAUGUUAUCGGUGCACAAACUAUUGACCUUGAAACGGGAAAUUGGACCCGAUUGAACAAUGCUAUAUUGGUCUUCGACAAAUCGCAUCCCUUACUCUACAAGUUUAUUCAAGAAUUCGCGCUCACAUUCGAUGGAAACAAGUGGGGACACAAUGGUCCAUACUUGGUUUCAAGGGUUGUUUCGCGGGUGAAAGAAAGGCCUGGAUUUGAUUUCGAUGUUCUCAAUCCGGUGGCUUUUUACCCGGUUGAUUGGAGUAGGAUUCGUGGGUUGUUUCGUGGACCAAGAAAUGAGACUCAUUCAAAAUGGCUACAUCAUAAGCUCAAUCACAUUCGUAGCCAUAGCUACGCCGUGCAUCUUUGGAAUAAGCAGAGUCGAAAGCUUAAGAUCAAAGAAGGAAGCAUUAUUAGUCGGAUAAUGUUGGAUUGUUGUGUUUUUUGCAAUUCUUCGGCGACGGCUUCAAAAGUUGUAAGUACAAGAUAAGUAUGAACAAACCAAAUUCUACAAAUGUGCAAAUAAAAAGUGCUGGGAAGAAUAUUUCUUCUCAUUACUAUAGUUAGAAUUUCUUCUGUUUAUGUUGUACUAUGUGUUGCAAGAUCUGAAUUAGAAAUAGAACAAUGAUUAUUCAAUUUGUCUCAUUUCGUUAUGGUGUAAUGAGAAAUUUAUUGUUGUUUUUAAGUUUUGAAUUAGAGUGAUUGGUUUUUUUAAGUA